AUGGCCGUCCGCCUCGCACCCAAGGGGGUGUUGGCUCGAUCAACACCAGAGUGGGAGUGGUCUAGUGUAAUGGCUGUCCGCCUCGCACCCAAGGGGUUGUGGGCUCGAUCAACAACAGAUUGGGAGUGGUCUAGUGUAAUGGCCGUCCGCCUCGCACCCAAGGGGUUGUGGGCUCGAUCAACACCAGAGUGGGAGUGGUCUAGUGUAAUGGCCGUCCGCCUCGUACUCAAUGGGUUGUGGGCGAUCAACAUCAGAUUCACCGGAAGUAGCGGUAUGAACAUCAAUGAACUGAAGGCGCUGCGAGGAACGGUGGGGCUACGGUUGGGGGAGAAAGGGGAGUUCCGGCGCGUGCAAGAAGAUAUCGUCGCCCUAGUUACCAAGGUCGCCGGGCUGGAGAAGAAUACGCGAGUCAUUGUGAAAGAGAUUGGCGUUGUUCUGGACGGUACCGAGGUUGAGGACGCCGGUGUCGCCUUCUCCGCCCGCCUCUCCUCCCACAUCCUUUUUCGGCCCGGAGAAACACUCCUUUUCGAUGACGUCAUGAUGAACGCCGGAAGUGGAUUCAAGGGUUCCUCCGGGGAGUUCACUGCACCGCUGUCCGGUCGCUACCUGUUUACGGUAACAGUACGGGCACAGUUUCACAAGAUGGUCUCCGCGGAACUCGCCGGCAACGGCAGAAUGCUCGCACGUGUGACGUCAGGCUAUGGUGCGAUCGAACGAGCGACGUCAUCAGUGACGGUGGUGGUCGAACUGAAGCGAGGUGACGUCAUCAGCGUUCGUCAAGCGUCGGACAAAACUGGAGAAUACUACGGCAACGGAUAUAGCGCGUUUUCCGGAUUCCUGUUUGAUUGAUGCUAUACAUAUAUGUAUAUGCUUACAUUGGACAAUAUUCAGCUUACUUUUCCUCUUCA